AAAUAUGAAUAACAAAAAAGAAUUAAAAAAAUCGAACGAGCAACGAAACGAAACACGAUAAAAUAAUCUGCUUUGUCAAAAAACUAUAGAAAAUCUAUUUUUUUAACGAAAACUUCUACAAGAAAUUAUAAAUUUUUAUUAAUAUUUGCAGAUAUUUAAAAAAUAAAUAAAAACAUUGCAUUAACAAAUUAAGAAUUUAGCUAAUCAAAUAGCAAGUGUUAAACACAACACGCCGACAUAAUGUUUUCUUAAAAUAGUACCAAAAAAGGAAAAAAUAAAAAAAGAAAUAUCCAUCCAAAACCUAUUGAAAACUUCAAGAAGCCUAUAAAAACGGCCCACACUCAAAAAAUUUUGCACUGAAGAAAAAAAUAAAGUUAAAUUUCGAAGUGUAUUAUAAAAAAAGAAAAAUAAAAUUAACGAAAUAAUCGAAUAGAUUUAAUGAAAUAAAGUUAAAAACGAAAUAUUAAAAAAAAAUAUAAAUAAAAUUAAGAAAAAUUAAAAAAAGUACAAUUUGUUCAAAAAGUGACGUUUUGCUGCUGCACAUUUAAUACAAAAACCUUUAAAUAAUACUAAGAAUAACAGAGAGGAAAGAAAAUCGAAAAAAUACUUUAAGUUUAUUUAGGAACACAUAAUAAGUAAGAAAACAACAGCCACAAAAUGUCCCGACCAAGACCAAAACUUCAUAUGACCAUACAAAAAGAACCGGAACCAGAAUUAGUUCCUCCACGUAAUUUAGACUCUAGCACUACUAUACAAAUUGGUGAUCGAACCUUCGAAAUUGAUGCUGAUAGUUUGGAGAAAAUUUGCGAUUUGGGUCGUGGCGCCUAUGGCAUUGUCGAGAAAAUGCGACACGAACAAACCGGUACGGUAAUGGCGGUCAAGCGCAUUACUGCUACCGUCAAUCGUAAAGAACAAAAACGUUUACUUAUGGAUUUGGAUAUAUCGAUGCGUUCAAGCGAUUGCCCAUAUACGGUUCACUUCUAUGGUGCUCUAUUUCGUGAGGGUGACGUGUGGAUUUGCAUGGAAGUUAUGGAUACCAGUUUGGAUAAGUUUUAUCCAAAAGUUUUUAAGAAUAAUCUUAUUAUGGAGGAGAGUGUUUUGGGAAAGAUUGCCAUGUCUGUGGUCAAUGCUCUACACUAUUUACACGCCCAAUUAAAAGUUAUACAUCGUGAUGUCAAACCAUCAAAUAUUCUCAUAAAUCGCAAUGGCGAAGUUAAAAUGUGCGAUUUUGGUAUAUCAGGUUAUCUCGUCGAUUCAGUAGCCAAAACUAUAGAUGCUGGUUGCAAACCCUAUAUGGCACCCGAACGCAUUGAUCCCUCCGGCAAUCCGGCACAAUAUGAUAUACGUUCUGAUGUCUGGUCAUUUGGCAUAAGUAUGAUUGAAAUGGCAACUGGUAAAUUUCCCUAUAAUACAUGGAAAACACCAUUUGAACAAUUAAGACAAGUGGUUAAGGACGAACCACCCCGCUUAGAACCGGGUACAUUUUCACCCGAAUUCGAAGACUUUAUAACCAAGUGCCUGCAAAAGAGUUAUACAGCAAGACCCAAUUAUGAGCAAUUACUGCAGCAUCCUUUCAUAACAGAACAUGCUAAACGUAAUACGGAUAUUUCAAAAUUUGUAGCUGGUGUAUUAGAUAUGCCAGAGUAGGAAGAAGAUAUUUAUGUUCUUCUUUCUUUUUCAUAAUUUCUCUAUUUAGUUUAUUGUUAUUUGAUGUUCAAAAAAAAAUUAAAACCUAAACAAAACAACAAUCAAUUAAGCAAACAGCAAACAAAACAAACUACAAUCAAGGAUUAACUAAAUAAAAGGUUAAGCUGUUGUUGCCAUUACUUUUUUUACUAUUAAAUUAAUAAUUAAACAAAAAAGGCUUCCACG